AUGGAACGGGGUGGCCACGUGGCGGCUAGUAGCAGUAGGAGCAACUUUUUCAGCCUCGCCCGGGCGAGCGGGGUGGCCACGAGUAACUUUUGCAGCCUCGCCCGGGCGAGCGGGGUGGCCACGAGUAACUUUUGCAGCCUCGCCCGGGCGAGCUGGGGUGGCCACGUGGCGCCUAGUAGCAGUAGGAGUAACUUUUUCAGCCUCGCCCGGGCGAGCUGGGGUGGCCACGUGGCGGCUAGUAGCAGUAGGAGUAAUGCUCCGAGCCUCGCCCGGGCGAGCGGGGUGGCCACGAGUAACUUUUGCAGCCUCGCCCGGGCGAGCUGGGGUGGCCACGUGGCGCCUAGUAGCAGUAGGAGUAAUGCUCCGAGCCUCGCCCGGGCGAGCGGGGGUGGCCACUUCAUUGUUUGUUCGUAA